GGGGAGGAGAGGGAGCCCAGGCAAAGGCAGUCAGGCAAGCAGGGAACGGACCUGCCCUCGUCUCACGCCUCACUGGCUCCUGGUGCGCGCUGACUGGAGACACUCGGGAGUCGGAGACGGUGGCCACUUUUCUUCCCCAGCAUCAAGAACGCACGCAAGCAUUUUGGAAGCCCUUUGAAACCCAUUCCGAUCAGGACUUCCACUUCACGAUAGCCCCUCCAACACCUUAAUCCCUUCUCUCCUCUGCCUUCAGUCAGGGGCCCUGGCCGGAGGGGCAUCCAAGUCUGCGUGCGCGAUCCCCAGGUCUCUCUCCAUCCCUUUCUCCCGGGCUCUCUAGAGAGCAAGGGCUCCGGGAUGAGCCUUUGAGGGUCCGGGCCACCUGUGCUACUGCAGGGACCUCGAGUGACCUGAAGACGAGCUGUGGCAACGGAGGCAGCGUCACUAACGAAUGCAGGGAUACUGCCUCUCUAACCCCCAAAUUGUGGAAGGGAUAACUCUUCCUUAAAAUGAAGAUUCUGCAAGGAACUAGCUAAUCAGAGGGAAGAACCAUUUGGAUGGAAGGUCCUUCAGUGUGUGAAGUCUGAGGCUGGAAAGAACUGGAGUAUAAAGACUUCUGGGGCAUUAUAGAAAAAGCCCAGGAGGACAGUCAGGAGUAAAAACUAGGGGAACCAGAUCCUGUCAUUUCCUUUCACCUGUGCAGGUGGAUGUUAACUCCAUUAUCAGUCCCCCGGAUUGAUAUGGAUGAGGCUUGUUCAGGCAGCUUGAAGUAGCAAGGAGCAGAACCUGGAAGCUAAGUUGGAAAAGAGCCAGCUGUAUUUCCACCCCAUGAGGAAGAUCAGUAAGAAUGAAGAGCCCUUUGUCUGGUAUGAUGAAGAGCUUUCGUGCUUCCUAGGUUUCCAGGAAAUUAAAGCCAGAGCUUUCCAUAAAGACUAUAGAUGCCCAGAAUGCAGCCAAAACUUUCAGUGUGAGCACUCCUAUCUCUGAUACAUUUGCUUCCUGUGUUCCCCACGGAAAGCCCCCUUGGUAAUGAGCUCCCCAGAUCCCAAAGCUCCCCAUACCGGGAAUCUGGACCAAUCUACCAACUACCACAACCUAGCUAGAGACCUGGAGGUUAAAAUGGCCCAGAAAGAUACUCCCAGCCCUUUGCCUGAAAAGAGAAAUCAAACCAAUGAAGCUGAGCACAGCCAGGUCCAGAAAAUUGUGUUACUGGAGAAAACAAACCAUUUGAUGAAGGGACUUCCCUCUGUUUCCUGCAGCAGGGAGGAUGGAGGGACUGAGCAUGUGUUGUCAGCUGCCAUAUGGAAGCUCAAUCCAGUGAAGCAGUCAUCCAAGAAGGCCCCCUGGGAGCAGAAGCCCAGUGCUUUUACUGAGGUCAAGAGACUAAAAGACAAACUUCAGAGCGAGAGAGCCAGAGAAGGGGACCACAGGCCUGACGCAGACCAACGCAGCAAAGGACAGCAGCCUAUGGAUUGUGUCCUGAGCGGGACAGGUAGCGCGUUCUCCUUUGUGUGGCCAGCCCGAACCUUGGGUGAGCUGGGGAGCGCUUUCAGCAAACCAGUCAAGUAUCUGGCCCAGAGAACAGCAGUGAGCUCCCAGCUCCCAGUCAGCAACUCGGCAGAAACCCUGGGGGAUCUGUCAGGGUUCAUUAACACCAUGGAUGCUAUGUGUUGUGGAAAUCUUUUGAAUUCCAAGUUUUCCAUCAGCGAUUUGUGCAACUUGCAAAUGUUACAGGAAUGGGCCCCCCAGUGCAACACUUUCCCAUAUGCCUCAGAAUUGUGGCCAAAGCCAGUAGCUCAGUUACACAUUUCUUCGUCGUCCCCCUCCUCUGCCCCAUCUUCCCCAUCUUUGAUGCUCCUGCCGCCCACAUUCACAUCGCUGGGCAUGGCUACCCAGAACUGGUGUGCGAAAUGUAACCUCUCCUUCCGCAUGACAUCCGACUUGGUUUUCCACAUGCGAUCACACCACAAAAAAGAAUACUCCUCUUCUGAGGUGCAAGCCAAGAGGAGGAGGGAAGAGAAGCUGACCUGUCCGAUUUGCCACGAGUAUUUCCGAGAGCGCCACCAUCUAUCCCGGCACAUGACUUCUCACAAUUAGAGAUGCAGCCGGGGACUGAAUCAGUCACACUCCAUGUGCUACUUGGAUGGCUCUGUUGCUGAAGGAAAGAAUGGUCUUUGAAUUCCUUUCUUUAGGAAAAUGACUAUUUGCAAUAACUUACAAAUGUUUCCUUGGUCAGAGAGAGAAUAUUUGCAAAAUUGGUCUUAGUUUUAAAAAGACAACUAAAUGAGAGUCACAGUGCUGUUGAAUUUAAAGGGAGCUUAGUGAUCAUCUUGUCCAACCCUUAUGUACAAGUCCUUGUAAAUAUAUAUUUUUAAGGAAUGAAAAUAGUGAAAUGAAGCUAAGAUUAUUAUUAAUUCUCAAUCAUUGUACUUUUCAGACCUGUUUGUUGGCAUAAUACAGACCUUGGAACAUUUUCAAGGGUGUGACUUGUUUGAACCAAUCAUUUAGGAAAUGUCACUUCCAUUUCUACUUCCUUUUAAGUCACUACAUUAAGUCAGACAUACAGAAGGCAGAAAAAUAGCACCAACUCUUUCCCUUCCAAAAAAAACGUUAUGUGCAAAAAACUUAAAGAAUAAAUUUAUGCAGGAUGGAAAAGAGUGUGAUUGGUAGCAAUAUAAAGAAAAAGAACUCUCUUAAGAGACUAGUUGGAAAUUCUUUUCCAUGGAUAUCUUUUCCCAAUGGUACAGGGAGACAAUUUUCAUUCUUAACAAUCACAGAAAGCUAUAUUUCACUCUACCCAAAAAGUUGUUCCACACUCACAAAAGCCCCUUGUUGGAAUUACCAUGCUUCCUUUCUAUUCACAGCACCCUAUUUUUCUUAGCUGGGGGUAUAUGUUCAGGGGAAUCCACAAUCUCUAUCUCAGGACACUGUUCUCUAUGAAAACCAAAAGCUCUCUGGGUGAAUGUGAACACAUACUAGCUAGAUGGCUUUAUAUUUGCAAAGAUGCACAACUGUAAAGGAUUACCCAGAAAUGGAAAGGGAAUGGCUUGUAAGCAAAAUAAAUAACAGCAAGAAACUCAGCUAGAAAAGGUCCUCUCAUCUUAUGGGCUAGUCAGUAUCCAGAAGAAAUAGGGGAAGUGGUUCCAACCAUGUCAGUACCUUAUAUACCCCUGUUGUUCUUUGCCAGAGUGGGACUUUUAUUCACUAUGUGCUCAGUGAACUGUGCUCUGGUGCUUAAAUGCCUGCUUAUUUCCUGUCACAUUUGAAAAUCCUUCAGAACUUGCUGCCAUUCAGGUGUGUGCAUCUCCCAUAAUGUUGAGCUUAUGACAGGUGGCACGUCUCUAGGCAGCAGUUGUAUGCAACAAAGGUAAACUUGGGGAUUCUUUUAGAUGUUAUUUGACAUGUUUUUCUUCCUUUAAAGAGAAAGAACCAUUUUUAAUGUUGAAUGCAUUUCAACAACUGUUUAUUAAGUUCUUACUUAAAUGCAAAGCAAGGAUACAUAAUUAUAAGUGAUCAACCAGAAAGGAAAAGGGAAGAUGAAAGAAACCUGGAAAGAGAAAGUGCUCACUAUCUUAUGAACUAGGCAAUAUCCAGGAAAAAAAUAAGGGAUAUACUUAGGCACUAUUCUAGGCACAGGAAAUACAAAGCCAAAUAUGAGUCCCUUCCUUCAAGGAGUUUAUAUUCCUUAUAUUUUCCUUAUAUUCCUUUUUCAACAG